AUGGAAGGAAAAAAUUUGGAUCAAAUGCAAAGCUUCUCCUGGGUCGAUUAUAUUGUUUUCGUGUUUAUGUUAGCUAUAAGUGGUUUGGUUGGAAUCUACUGGGGAUUUUUUAAAAAGCAGACAACACAGAAUGAUUAUCUACUCGGUGGCAGAAAUAUGAAAGUGGUUCCAGUUGCUAUGUCCUUGGUGGCUAGCUUCGUUUCGGGAAUAACCUUACUCGGUUCUCCGACGGAGGUAUACAUGUAUGGAACCCAGUAUUCCUAUAUAAUGGGUGGAAUAUUUCUUAUGACCAUCGUUAUGACUCAAGUAUACCUACCAGUGUUUCAUGAACUCAAGAUCACUUCAAAUUAUGAGUACCUUUCAAUGAGAUUUGAUAAUCGGGUUCGUUUGUUUGGGUCUAUAUUAUUUGCAUUUACUUUGGUAUUUUGGUUACCAAUUGUUAUUUACGUCCCAGCACUGGCAUUUAAUCAAGUCACAGGAGUAGACAUACAUGUUAUAACACCCAUUGUAUGUUUGGUUUGCAUUUUCUACACUAGUGCUGGUGGUCUUCAAGCAGUUGUUUGGACGGAUGUAAUUCAGAUAACAGCUAUGGUUGGGGCCAUGGCAUUGGUGGCAGUUAAAGGAACAAUUGAUGUCGGCGGUGUGGGAGUUGUGUGGCAGCGAAAUUUGGAGAGCGGAAGAAUUGAGACACCGAACUGGGAUCUUCGACCAACAGCUCGACACACUAUAUGGAACUUAUUUAUUGGAGGUUUUGUAUACUGGUUACAAGCGAAUGCAGUGAACCAGACGAUGGUGCAGCGGUAUUUAGCUUUACCAACCUUACGAGGUGCCAAAUGGGCAGUAUUUCUAUUCUGCAUUGGGAUAUCAACUCUCUAUUGCUUCUGUUUAUAUUGUGGUCUUCUGAUUUACGCCCGUUUCCACGACUGCGAUCCGUUACAAACAAAAUUGGCAAAGGCGAAAGACCAAUUAUUACCGUUAUUAGUGAUGGACGUUCUUGGAGACAUUCCUGGAUUGGCUGGAGUUUUUGUUGCCGGAAUAUUUAGUGCUGCAUUGAGUUCUUUGUCAACUAGUUUAAACUCGAUGUCAGCCGUGGUCUUGGAAGACUUUUACAAGCCAUUUUUUAAGAAGCGUCUCUCCGAGAGACAAACAAAUAUUCUUCUGAAAGGAGUUGUGAUAGUUUUGGGAGUUCUUUGUUUGGGACUUGUGUUUAUCGUCGAAAAAAUGGGAACAGUGUUGCAACUUACGAUGACUUUAGAAGCAAUAACUAUGGGUCCACAACUGGGUGUUUUUACAAUGGGGAUUCUCAUUCCUUUUGUUGACGCUACGGGUGCUUUAGUUGGAGGAAUUACUGGAGUUGCGGCUAUGGCAUGGUGGUGUCUGUCGGCCCAAAUGGCUAUAGCAAGGGGAUACAUAUUGCAUCCACAUAAACCACUCACCACUGAGGGCUGUUCCUACAAUUUCACUCAGGUGGAAACAGUUGUUACUGAGAGCCGACCAGAAGUUAAUGCGCUCCUACACGUAUCUUAUAUGUGGUAUACUCUGGCUGGCAGCCUAACAACAAUUUUUGUUGGAGUUAUCGCAUCAAAGAUAAAUAGUCUCCUUGGAAAGGUGUAUAUACCUCCCACUCCUAAGCUACUAGCUCCACAAGUUAGAAGAUUUUUAAGCAACCCUCCACAACCUGCUGAUGAACUAUAUAUACGAGCCUUUGAAUGUAAUAAGGUAGAAAGAAUUAAUAUUUUUUUAAGUUUAUUUUAUAAAGUUAUUAACUACAUAGUUAAACAUAUUAUGCUAGGUGGUAUCCACAAAAACUCAAAAGGAAGGAACAUUACUUUAAGUAAUUUGAACUGUGUGGUACAAAAUAUGGUUUUUCAAUUUAAUAAUUUUGGAGAGAAUCUAUGUAUGUUCAUUAAAUCUUUGGCUUGUGAAUAA